AUGGAACCCUGCGUUGACACCAGGAAGCGACUACGGGACGAUUCCAACGACGACUCCCUUUUCAAUUCCAUCGGAUCCAGCUCCAAGUUCCUCCGACUUGAAAAUCCCGCCGACUCCAACUUCGAUGCGCCGGUUUCACAAUCGACCGAUUCGUUUCAGUCGCAUCACACAAUUCAGGAAGACCUGCUGAAGAUUCUAGACGAUACCGACGCUUCCAUAGAUAGGGAGGCGGCGAUUCAAGAUCUCGAUUCGGUGAUUAGAAGCUUCGAGAAGGAAAUCGAAGUGCCAGUGCCUGUUGUUCAGCCUGAACUUGGAUUUCUUCUAGAAGCGUCGGAUGAUGAAUUAGGGCUUCCGCCUGCUGGUGAGAAAGAGGAAAUUGAAGAAGCGGAGUUUUCGGGUAGCGGUGGUGUGAAAGGGGUUUUAGGGUUUGAGGAUGAAAUUGUUUCGAAUUACUGUUGGUUUGAUAAUUUGAGGUGUGAGAUUAAGGAAUGGAUUCCGGAAGAGGAAGAGGAGGUGGUGGCGUUGGGUGGAUUGUUCGAUCAUACGGAUGUGGCGGCGGAAUUGCCGACGGCGUAUCGAUCGGAGAGGAUGCCUUGUUUAUAA